AUGCAAGAGAACAAGAAGCUGAAACCAUCAGAGGUGUUGCACAUCUUGGGUUAUGAGCAGCCCGACAUCUGUACUCUCAAAGACUGUGAUCUCCAGGCCAUGUCCUUUCAGCCACAGGACAUCAAUAAAAUUCAUAUACCUAAGCCACCGAAGGGCCGCCCCAAACCAGCUCACAUGGCUCUUGUGCCUAAGACACAGCCAACGGAAGGAGCAAGUGAUACUGUGCAGGGGCCAGCGACUCAUCCAGUGAAUCAGGAUCCUGACUCUCAACCUCCAGACUGCACAGGAUCAGAAGGGUUCAACUUUGAUGACCAAGAGAUGGUUCUUCCACACAGCAUUCUGGGUACUUUAGAGGAUUUCCGAAGUUACUUGGAAGCCAAAGGGGAGACAGAG